AUGGCGUCAGAGAUGCACGAGGUGGUGUUGGACUCCCUUAUAGACCGACAUUGCCGCAAGGAGACCUGUCUGCAUGAUUCUAGCGGAACGACAUCCGCCUGCAGCAAUAGUGUGGUUGCCGGCAGCAACCGCUGCGAUAAUUUGGAAAGGAGGUCCUCUUCGGAGAUGAAAUUAAGGAGUAUCGCACGCCGACGUGGCCGCCGUGGUACGAUCUUUGUGGACCAGAGCUGGCCUCCUCGACGGCGCGGCCGUGCGGAAUGUCGAUCGAUUGAUUUGAUUAACGCUUUAUACGACACGCCACUGCUGCGAGGUAAGAUUCACAUCGUGCUGCUCGUUGCGAGUCCCCUGUGGGCCUGCGGCUUGUUGCGGCACUGCCGGAGCGGCUGGAGUUUAUGUGCUGGCGUGAUCAGCGUGGUGUCGUGCAUCUUCAAUUUUGGUUCUUCGUCUUUGCUGCACAACAUCCACCGAGUGGGGAUGUAUGAGAGAACAUUCUGGAGGCAACUGGAUCACGUGGGCAUUUUCAGCAUGAUUGCAGGAUCAGCAGCACCGGUCCCGUUGCUGACCUUUUCGUCCACCAUGCUGGGUAUAUGGACCGCCUUACAAGUUGUUUGUCUUUUUAUCGGCACGUUCACAUGCUUUCGAGGCGACUCGUUCUCCAAUCAAAACAGCUACGGCGGCCGAGCUCUGAUUUACGUGGUCGUGGGUUUGCUGCACGCCUCCUUUUUCCGCGAGUUCCAGCAGAAACUCACCAGUACGGAGCAGGCGUUGCUGACCAUCCUGGCGUCGGGUUACAUCAUCGGAGCUGCUGCAUAUGCCACGAAGAGGCCGAAUCCAGCACCCAAGGUGUUUGGGUACCAUGAGUGUUUCCACGCACUUUGCUUCUUCAGCGGAGUGCUUACAUACGUGCUCAAUGUUUCCGUCGUAGACCGCUACCAAAAAGGUGUGGAGAGCGGCAGGCUGCAUUUUUAG